GAUUCUAACCUAAAUUCGAAUUUCGAGCUUCGCUUGCCGCGGACGCGCGCCCAGCGCUUUUUAAAAAUAAAACAUAAUUUUCAACCAGCAUUCCAUUCUAAUCUAUCAUAGACAAAGUGACAAAAAGGUUUUUCGAAAAGAGGUUUUUUUAGUGGCAGGACUACCUAUGCGUGUAAAAUGUCAAAAAUAGUAUUUUAGCCUCAAAUUGUGCGCACUGAAAGCUCGUCUUAUUUCGGUGACAUAUCAGUGACCUCGAACAAUCGUUUUGGCGGGCAUUUUUCUAAUUUCAACACUGUAAAUGUUGGACUAGUUUAAUUAUUUUUUGUGUUAAGUGAAAAUGACGUGUUGAUGCUAUUUUCUGGAUUGAUUGCGAAAAUAAACGGUUAUAAUGGAAACCCAAGCCCAGCCAACGACACCAGAAGGAGAUGACACAGGCCAGCCGCCUGUUCCACAGAAGAAGCAGGCCAGAGCGCGAGGCAAGGCGCAACCAGAACGACCUAAGAGGAGUCUUUUCUGCCUCACCCUCAAUAAUCCUUUGAGGAAACUUUGUUAUGACAUCGUGGAGUGGAAACCGUUUGAAUAUAUGAUUUUGACUACAAUUUUCGCCAAUUGCAUUGCGUUAGCCGUAUUCACACCAUACCCAGCCAGUGACACGAACAAUACAAAUCAAAUUUUAGAAAAGGUAGAAUGGGUUUUCAUGGCGAUUUUUACCGGAGAGUGUGUGAUGAAGAUAAUAGCGUAUGGCUUUUUGAUGCAUCCUGGAGCUUAUCUGAGAAACGCCUGGAACAGUUUGGACUUUACUAUUGUUACUAUAGGCAUAGUGAGUCAGCUCUUACAAGUAAUAUCUAAGGAUUUGUUUGACGUAAAAGCCUUAAGAGCUUUCAGAGUUCUACGACCGCUACGAUUAGUGUCGGGAGUACCAAGUCUCCAAAUAGUUUUAAAUUCAAUAUUGAAGGCGAUGGUACCUCUGUUCCAUAUCGCUUUUCUCGUUCUUUUUGUGAUCAUUAUCUAUGCUAUUAUUGGUUUGGAGCUGUUUUCCGGGGUUCUACAUGAUACCUGCUUUGAUAAUGAAACUAAAAAAAUGGUAGAUGAACCAUCCCCUUGUUCCCGGGAAGCUGAUGUUGGCAACCACUGUGAUGAGGGCCAGAUAUGCAAGGACUAUUGGGUUGGGAUUAAUUUUGGUAUCACCAAUUUUGACAAUAUUGGAUAUGCGAUGCUCACUGUAUUCCAAUGUAUCACACUUGAGGGAUGGACGGAUAUUAUGUACGCGAUAGCUGACGUGAAAGGCAACACCUGGGUGUGGAUCUAUUUCGUUACUUUGGUUAUUUUUGGAAAUUUCUUCGUUAUGAACUUGAUUCUCGGAGUUUUAUCCGGAGAGUUCUCAAAAGAAAGAGAAAAAGCAAAGAAUAGAGGAGAUUUUCAGAAGUCAAGAGAACGACAGCAGUUUGAAGAAGAUUUGAAAGGAUAUCUCAAUUGGAUAACAGUUGCUGAAGAGCUGGAUCUCGAAAAUGAUCAAGGGCAGAAGGAACAAGACCAGGAAAAUCAAGGUAAUAAAAAUGAGAGAAUAAAUAAUGAAGACUCGCAAACAAAUAUAAACGGAAAUGGCGAAGCUCAGAAAACUACAACAUGCAAAAUCUACUGUAAGAGAUUUGACAAAGUUAAUCGUCGUAUGCGCAGGUCGUGUCGUAAAGCUGUCAAGUCGCAAACGUUUUAUUGGGCUAUUAUUGUACUUGUAUUUCUGAAUACACUUGUACUAGCCACAGAACAUUAUAAUCAAGACCCAUGGUUGGAUGACUUCCAAAACUACGCCAACUAUUUGUUCGUCGUGCUGUUUACUAUGGAGAUGCUUGUUAAGAUGUAUGCUUUGGGAUUCCAGGGUUACUUCGUAUCUCUAUUCAACCGCUUCGACUGCUUCGUCAUGGUCUGCUCCAUUCUGGAGCUGGGUCUCACAAUUUCUGGAACCAUUCCUCAACUGGGUAUAUCUGUGCUUCGAUGUGUCAGGCUUCUGAGGGUAUUCAAAGUUACCAAAUAUUGGCGAUCGCUAUCUAACCUCGUGGCCUCACUUCUAAACUCAAUUCAAUCUAUCUUCUCCCUUCUUCUUCUAUUGUUUCUGUUCAUCAUGAUCUUUGCGUUACUGGGUAUGCAAGUAUUCGGAGGAAGAUUUGACUACGACCCAGAGGAACAAAAAGAGAGGCAUAACUUUGAUUCUUUUUGGCAGGCUGUGUUGACAAUGUUUCAGAUCCUAACAGGAGAAGACUGGAAUGUGGUGAUGUAUCAUGGUAUAAAUGCAUAUGGUGGUGUUGGUACACCUGGUAUGCUUGCUUCGAUAUACUUCAUUAUUAUUUUCAUCUGUGGUAACUAUAUACUAUUAAACGUGUUCUUGGCUAUCGCUGUUGAUAAUUUGGGAGACGCGGAAGAGAUGGAUCAGGAAGUAGAAAUUGUUAAAGAGAAAGAUGAUGGUGAUAAUACCGAAGCUGGAAAUCCUCAAAUAGAUGAAGAGAGAGGUGAAACAGAUGAUGAAUAUGUCAAUGAAGAGGAAGGAUAUUCUAGUGAGGGCCAAAAGUAUAAAAAGUACAAAAGAGUUGCCAGAUCUGAAAAUGAGUAUGAGGAAACCGGUUCCGAAGAAGAAAUAGAACAAGAAAUUGAAGACCAGACUGACAAUGCUAAUGACGCACUAGUAACGGUAGAGAAGAAACAAAACGGGGAUGUUAAGAAACAAGAAUCACCUCCGCCUCCAAAGCGACAACCAACAAUAUCGGCCAGACCUAGGAGGCUGUCAGAAGUCGAAAUUAAAUCUCAGGAGAGACCAAUACCAGAAGCCAGCAGCUUUUUUAUAUUCUCGAAAAACAAUUGGUUCCGAGUUACCUGUUAUAAUGUACAAAACAAUUCUUGGUUUAAGAAUUUGAUUCUGGUUUGUAUUCUUGCCUCCUCUCUUAUGUUGGCUAUGGAAGAUCCCGUUGAAGGAAAGGCUACCGAGGGCAAACGAGAGAUUCUUCGUAGAGUCGACUACUUCUUCACUACAGUGUUCACCAUUGAACUCUUACUAAAACUCAUCACCUACGGUUUCAUUCUACAUAAGGACGCAUUCUGUCGUUCCGCUUUUAACCUGCUUGACUUGUUGGUCGUCAUCGUUUCUCUUGUAUCUCUAUCUGGAUCAAAUAAUGUUUCGUUCAUCAAAAUAUUGCGGGUAUUCCGAGUAUUGAGGCCUCUUAGGGCUAUCAAUAGGGCUAAAGGAUUGAAGUAUGUGGUGAAGUGUGUGUUUGCUUCAAUUAAAUCGAUCGGGAACAUCCUGGUUAUAAACCAUAUGUUGCAAUUUAUGUUCGCUGUCGUUGGCAUUCAAUUGUUUAAGGGUAAAUUCUAUAGCUGCACAGAUAUAACCAAAGUGACAUCUGAAGAAUGCCAUGGUGCAUACCUAGUAUACAAAAAUGGUAAGCCAACAAUAGAAGACCGUAUAUGGCAGAAGAAUAAAUUUAAUUUCGACAAUGUCUUCAAAGGAAUGCUAACAUUAUUCACCGUAUCCACAUUUGAGGGAUGGCCUGGACUAUUAUCAACAUCAAUGGACUCAAAUGAGGAAAAUCAUGGGCCUAUAGAGAACUCUCGGCCCCUUGUAGCAUUCUUUUACAUAAGUUAUAUUAUUGUGAUAGCAUUUUUUAUGGUUAACAUAUUCGUAGGUUUUGUCAUAGUUACAUUCCAAAAAGAAGGAGAGCAAGAGUUCAAAGAUUGUGAAUUAGAUAAGAAUCAAAGGAACUGCGUUGAGUUCGCACUAAAAGCUAAACCAAUAAGGAGGUAUAUUCCAAAACAUCGAAUCCAAUACAAGACAUGGUGGUUUGUGACUUCACAGCGGUUUGAGUACGUCAUAUUUUUCUUUAUCGUCCUCAAUACUGUGGCGCUCAUGAUGAAGUAUCAUGAUGCACAACCCUUAUAUAAGAAGAUACUGGACUAUUUAAAUAUGCUUUUAACGACAGUUUUUAUGUUGGAAUUUGUUUUUAAAUUGGCAGCAUUUAGAUUUAAGAAUUACUUCGGCGAUGCAUGGAAUACAACGGAUUUUAUAUUGGUAGUGGGCAGUAUAAUAGAUAUCGUAGUUACUCAAGUGAAUGAAAAUAAACUGCCAUCCGAACUCAUUGCACCCCUUGGAGCAAAUAAAGAGGGCUCUACAACUCUUCUAAAAUACAUCACAUUUUUCCGUCUAUUUCGAGCCAUGCGUUUGAUAAAAUUGCUAUCAAGAGGAGAACGAAUACGAACUCUACUUUGGACAUUUAUAAAGUCAUUUCAGGCUCUACCAUAUGUAGCCCUGCUGAUUGUGCUACUAUUUUUCAUUUAUGCCGUUGUUGGAAUGCAGUUGUUUGGUAAAAUAGCCUUAGACGAUGAGGUACUAACCAGAAAUAACAACUUCCAAACGUUUGGCAGCGCAUUGAUGGUGUUAUUUAGAUCAGCUACUGGUGAAGCCUGGCAGGAUAUAAUGAUGGCGUUGUCCCCCAAUGAUGACGAGCAUCCCGGUAUCCCCGUAGGCUGUUACCACGCUGAUGGCGAUAACUCCACCCUGGUAGAACUCGGCUGUGGAACAAAUUUAGCUUUCCCCUACUUUAUUUCGUUUUCUCUUCUGUGUACAUUUUUGAUUAUCAAUUUAUUCGUCGCCGUUAUUAUGGAUAAUUUCGAUUACCUCACACGAGAUUGGUCUAUUUUGGGACCUCACCAUCUUGACGAGUUUGUUAGGUUAUGGAGUGAGUACGAUCCAGAUGCUAAAGGUAGAAUAAAACAUUUGGAUGUCGUCACGUUACUGAGGAAAAUCAGUCCGCCUCUAGGUUUUGGCAAGCUUUGUCCCCAUAGAACAGCCUGCAAGCGACUCGUAUCAAUGAACAUGCCCCUGAACUCUGAUGGCACUGUCAACUUCAAUGCCACGCUUUUCGCCGUUGUGAGAACACAACUGCAGAUAAAAACUUCAGGAGUAAUUGACCAGUGCAACACGGAGUUGCGGGCAAUAAUAAAAAAGAUAUGGAAACGAACAUCACCAAAACUGUUGGACCAGGUAGUGCCCCCGCCAGGAGACCCGAACGAGAUAACGGUUGGAAAAUUCUACGCCACAUUCCUCAUACAGGAUUACUUCAGACGGAACCAUGCAUUCAGGAAACGAAAGGAGCAGGAAGCAGUCAAAAACAAUCAGACAACUCUUCAAGCUGGUUUACGGAAAAUGCAUGAAGCUGGACCCGAACUGAAGCGAGCUAUUUCUGGCAAUCUUGAUGACGUUGUUGGGGAAGUCGUUGAACCUAUGCAUAGAAGAAAUCACACACUAUUCGGUUCUGUUUGGACAAGUAUUAAGAAGGGCCGUGGAAGUUUUUAUGGACCUCGAAAACCGUCUAAAGCUAUGGUCAAAUCUAAAUCAAUGAAUGGUGACAAAAACAUAUCCUUGGGUUUCAUGAUGCAAAGGGAGUUAGGAAUGGACGGGAAAAUUCCGGAAGAGGAAAAUAAAUAUAAUGAUGACCAAAGUGAAAGCGAUGAGGAGAUCGCGAUGCAACCUCUUUUACACGGAAAGGAUUCGGAGAGGAUUUUCAGAGUUAUCGAAAAAACAUCGAAUGAUUUAAUGACAAGUAUGAGAUACAAUCGUGACAAUAUGCGACAGAUAAACAAGGUGCCUUAUUGUGUAGAGAAACCAGCAGAGAGUCUGAUUGCUCGGGUGCUAACGGAUCAAGGAUUGGGCAAAUAUUGUGACGCCGACUUUCUACAGAGCACUACCCGCGAAAUGCAGGAGGCGCUCGACCUCACACAAGAGGAGAUGGACACCGCUGCAAAUCAGCUUAUUUUGAAAGAGCGCUUGAUGGCUCAAACUUCUGAGAACACUGUGGAAAACUUGCUAUCUCGUCAGUACCAUCCCUUCCACCAGCCCCCGAUGCAGCCUCCGUGCAAGAAAUAAGCAAUUUUUAUAAAUUUUUGGUUUCAUUUUCACCCAUGUUGGUUGACAGCCACAUGGGUUUUUUGCCAUUUUGGCAGGUUCUGCGGAGCUUUGGAGUUUGGUCACGGAGUUUUGUAGUUUUAAAAGCGAUAAUGAGAUUAUGCUUACGGUAUGUUAAAAUAUUGUUUAUGUAAAUAGUUUGUUUUUAAACGUCCUUCGAGUUAUUUGCAUUUGCUUUCAAACGUGUUUUUGUACAUGAUCUAGUUUAAUAUAAAAUGUAAUUUGGAGGGCACAAAAGGCUGAUUCUGCCAUUUGGAAAAUUUACGCAGGAAUGUGCCUUGAAAAAUUUAUAUUUACAUGAUUUUUUUAGCAAAUAUUGUGCAUAUUAGUAAUAUACGCUUUUGGCAUGAAGAAAUAUACUUGGCUAUGUGCCUUAUAAGUUAUAACCAAAGUAAUAUAUUUAAACUUAUUCUACGAAAAAUAAUAUAAAAAUAUGUAUAUUAGAAGUUAAGUGCCAAAAUAUUGAUAAUAUAAUUACCCAAAGCUUUUAUUUCGUGUAUUUAUCUUUAUGCGAAUUAUAUUUUUGAAAACUUAUGCUAUGAUUUAUAAGGGUAAACAGUGUGCUUAUCUAUUUACUCAGUGUUGUAAUUCAUUUUGUACGAAAUAUAUUGUAAUUGUUAACCAUAAAAUAAUUUUAAAAGACUUGUCUUUGAUUUAGCUGCUGAUCUUACAGACUAUCGAAAUCUACUUUUUCGAUGUUGUAUAAAAAAAUACAGGUAUUUUUAGGUAUAUUUAUGAGUCAAAAUCAUCAUUGCCCCUAACUCUUUUCAUGAUAUUCUCCUCAUCAUUCCAUAAAGCGGCAAAGGCUUUUGUAAUUGAAGACAAAGAGUCCAUAGAUUUUGAUGCUCCAAAGUUGACUAAGAAAUCUCUUUCAGAUUUGAAUCUAUUUGAUUGCUCUACCAGAGGCCGAUCGACAUCGGAAAGUACUAAUGGAUACGCUUGACUUGACGCACCUUCAUUGUCAAUCGUUUCUGCCUCAAAAUGCUCCUGUAUUUUUUUUUCUUUAUCUGUAUUCGCGUACAUUUCGUCAAUUUCUUCUUGAAGGCUUUUGAUUAAAUUUUCAA